UUUCUCACAUGGCAACAAAACCAGGAGCUGAAGAUGAAUGGCAUCUGGAAUAAACUUUGGGUGUGGGGCGGGACUCAGCUACUGGGUAAUAUGCUGGAGGUGCGUACAGAGGUGAACUCUCCAAGAUGCAGGGAGCGGUUUUUCUCCUGGUUCUCCUGGGUGCCAUGUCAGGGAGAGAAGCGCUACACCUAAUCCACUUGCCUGCUACCAGCACCGUGGCCGAGAAUUCUCCACCUGAGACUCCAGUGCACAAGUUUUCCGUGAACUUAUCAGCCUCGCUGUCGCCUGUGAUCCCAGGGUUGCCCCUGAUUAUCAACACAAGCCCCCUCACUGACGGCUUCAAGGUGAACUGGCUGUCAGGCAUCGACUUCGAGGUUGUCACCACUGGCAAGGAACAACUAGACUUUGAAACUGGACCAAACAUAUUUGAUUUGCAGAUUUAUGUUAAGGAUGAUGUCGGUGUCACUGACCUACAGAUCCUGACUGUCCAGGUAACAGAUGUGAACGAGCCGCCUCAGUUUGAAGGCAACUUGGCAAAAGGUCUCGACCUCUACAUACUGGAAGGAGCAAACCCAGGAUUCAUUUACCAGGUGGAGGCCUUUGAUCCAGAAGACACAAACCGAAAUAUACCCCUCAGUUAUUUCCUGAUCGUCCCCUCAGUGAACUUCAGACUGUCUCCUAAUGGGACCCUCUUCUCCACAACAGAAUUUGACUUCGAAGCAGGACACAAAAGUUUCCAUCUGGCUGUGGGAGUCAGAGAUAGCCAAGGGCUCGGAGCCUCCACAACGCUCCAGGUGAACAUUGUGAACAUCAACGACGAAAUCCCUCGCUUCACCAGCCUGGCGCGCGUGUACACGAUUCCUGAGGAGCUGGCUUCGGGCACCAUUGUGGCCAACAUCACAGCGGAGGACCCAGAUGAUAAAGGUUUUACCAGCUUCCUUCUCUACAGCAUCACGACUGCUAACCGCUAUUUCGUGAUCAACCAGCUGACCGGUACGAUCCAAGUGGCCCACAGGCUAGACCGAGAUGCAGGUGAAUUAAGACAAAAUCCCACCAUUUCUCUGGAAGUUCUGGUGAAGGACAGACCCUCAGGGGGUCAAGAGAACCGCAUGCAGAUCACCUUCAUUGUGGAGGACAUUAAUGACAGCCCUGCCGCGUGCACCAAGACCACCUUCAGCAUUAUGGUGCCUGAAAGAGCAGCCAAGGGGACGUUGCUUCUGGACCUGAACAAGUUCUGCUUUGAUGAUGACAGCGAAGCCCCAAACAACCGAUUCAACUUCACCACGCCAUCUGGAGUAGGGAGCAGCGGCAGAUUUUCACAGGAUCCAGCUGGCUCUGGGAAAAUCGUGUUGAUUGGUGAUCUAGACUAUGAAAAUUCAAGUAAUCUAGCCGCCGGCAAUAAGUACACUGUGAUAAUCCAGGUGCAGGACGUUGCCCUUCCUUACUAUAAAAACAACAUCUACAUUUAUAUCUUCACAAAGCCUGAAAAUGAGUUUCCUCUUACCUUUGACAGGCCAUCCUACGUAUUCGAGGUGUCAGAAUUAAGGCCAGCUCAAACCCGAGUGGGCCUUGUGCACGCCGCUGAUCAAGACCACCCCCAGAAUAGCGUCGUGUACUCCAUUUCCACCGGAGGAGCCAGCCCGCAGUACCCAAACAUAUUUUGGAUCAAUCCCCAGACGGGAGAACUCCAGCUGGUGACGAGAGCAGACUAUGAAACAACCGCCAUCUAUAUUCUCAGAAUCCAGGCCACCAACGGCGAGGACAGCAGCUCAGUCACUGUAACUGUGAACAUCCUUGAAGAAAAUGAUGAAAAGCCGAUCUGUACCCCAAACUCUUAUUUCUUGGCCAUCCCAGUGGAUCUGAAAGUUGGCACAAACAUUCAGAAUUUCAAGCUGACAUGUACUGACCUUGAUUCCAGCCCCAGGUCGUUUCGUUACUCCAUGGGCCCAGGCAACAUCAACAGUCAUUUCACCUUCUCUCCCAACGCUGGGUCCAACGUUACAAGCCUGCUCCUUGCGACACGCUUCGACUAUGCCGGUGGGCUUGACAAGAUCUGGGACUACAAACUACUUGUCUACAUAACUGAUGACAACUUGCUGUCUGGCAGGAAGAAAGCUCAGGCUCACGUUGAAACAGGGACGGUGACACUGAGUAUUAGAGUCAUUCCUCACCCCACCACAAUUGUCACCACAACCCCCAGGCCCAGGGUCAUCUACCAGGUCCUGAGAAAGAACAUUUAUUCUCCAUCAGCGUGGUAUGUGCCUUUUGUCAUCACUUUGGGCUCCAUAUUACUUCUGGGCCUCCUGGUGUCCCUGUUUGUCCUGUUGGCCAAAGCCAUCCACAGACACUGUCUCUGCAAGACUGGGAAGCACCAGAAACUUCCGGUGAAGAAAGGAGAAAUGAAAGCUACAAAGACAGAGGUUUUGGUGGAAACGAUUCACAUGAACUCUGUCUUUGACGGAGAAGCCAUCGAUCCAGUUACUGGGGCAGUAUAUGAAUUCAACUCAAACACAGGAGCCAGAAAAUGGAAAGAUCCCUCAACCCAAAUGCCAAGAUGGAAAGAGCCCGGCCCCCACAGAGCUGCUCCGAGUAGAGCUGUCACUGGGGAAGGGGCCAGGCCACCGAGGAGCACCAGUGAGCAAGAUGGGCUGAGCAGCAAAGCGCUGGCUGAGGACACAAGUCCCGGUUCCAGAAACCAGGAUGGCAAGCUGGGCACCCCAAAGAGCAGAAACCCAGCCCUCACGAGCUGGGCUUCCCCCAAACCGCACCCGGGAAAGUAA